AUGCUCACAGCAGUAACAAAUGCAACGGGAAAUUUGGCUGGUGCAAAACUGAGGUGCUUGUACACGAAUGCCCAAAGCCACAUAUUGAAACUAGACGAACUAAAACUUUGCCUUGCCGAACUGUCUCCAGAUGUUUUAGCAGUAACUGAGACCUGGCUGUCCGGGAAUAUUAGCGAUAACGAAGUAGCCUUGCCUGGAUACCAAAUUUAUCGGAGGGACAGGGAACAUCGUCAGGGUGGUGGUAUCCUUGUGUAUGUGAAUGAAGGUCUGGCAGUGUCGGAUAACACCAGAAAGUUUGCGUGCAGUACGGAAGCUAUCUGGUUGACCAUCAAGGCUGCCGGUUCCCCGUGUCUCGAUGUCCUCACUGUCUACCGACCACCUAGGACAGACCAGAUCGCCGACACUCAUCUAUUUGAGCAGUUGGAGAAAUUUUCCAGUCGACCUAACAUCAUGAUCAUGGACGACUUCAACGCACCAGGAACAAAUCGGAAUACCCUCCAAGCGUCGGGUCCAAAAUCGGCAUUCGAUUACCACGUAGUGCUUAUGUGGGAUUAUUCGUUAUUCUCCAUUUCACUUACUCCAGACAACAAAAGGCGUAAUUUUUGGCGGGGCGACUUCAAUCAGAUGAGGGCAGACUUAUCCGGUCUUGACUGGGGCUCAUUGUUUACGGGAAGUGCCAACGAUGACUGGGAGCUGUUCAAGAAUGUCCUUCUGCAGCUCAUCAACAACCACUGCCCACUGACUAGUGUAAGACUGAACAAACGCCCUGGGUGGCUAAAAAGCAACCUCAAGAAAGCAAUCAACAGGAAGCACAAAUUGUGGAGAAAAUACUGCGUCACUAGACAAGCUGAAUGCUUCAAUACCUACAAGACAUAGAGGAACAGACUGAGGAAGCUGAUAAUGAAGACGCGGUGGGAAUUCGAGAAGAACUUGCUACAAAAAGCAACACAGAACCCAAAAUUGCUCUACAGUUACCUCCGACGAAGUACAAGGAACAGGCAUCAAAUCCCCUUGAUGAAGACUACUGAUGGCGUUGAGAUCGCUGAUAGUAGGGAUAAAGCUGCGUAUUUUUCACGGUUUUUCCAAUCAGUCUACACAAACAAGGCAAGGUUCAUUCCUCCCUCCACAGAAGAACUGCCGACUCCAAGCGUCGGUGAUAUACUCUUCUCAGAAGGCAUUGUCCGAAGUGAAUUAGAGGCAUUGAACGAAUCGAAGUCGCCAGGACCAGACGAGAUUCCAUCCAAGCUUCUGAAGGAACUUGCCAGUGAGCUUUCUGUGCCUUUAUCGAUGCUCUUUCAAACGUCAUUUGAUACUGGAACACUUCCUAUCGAUUGGAAGCUGGCGCAUAUUACUCCGCUACACAAAGGAGGUAACAGGGCAGCGACGACAAAUUACCGGCCCAUAAGCUUGACAUGCAUUCUCUGCAAAGUUAUGGAAAUGAUCAAAAAGAGUGAACUGAUGCAAUUUCUGGAAGUUAACGGCCUCCUAUCGAACUGCCAACAUGGGUUCUGAAAAGGAAGAUCCUGCACGACAAACUUGCUGCAAUCUCUCCAGAGCUGGACCCGAGCUCUCGACGACAGGCACGCGGUCCACAGAGCCUUCAUCGACUCUCAGAAGGCGUUCGACACUGUGCCACACCAAACGCUCUUACAUAAGCUGAAAAAAUAGGGAUCGGCGGCAACUUCCUUAAAUGGAUCGAAAUCUUCCUUGUGGGUCGACACUAGGUCAUGUGCAUCGGUCGGGGAAAAUCAGAUCCCGCUAUGGUCGAUAUUGCUGUCCACCAGGGUUCAGUACUGGGACCCAUUUUGUUCCUUAUCUACGUGGACGAUGCCGCAAGAGAUUUACACUGUGAAGUAGCAAUGUUUGCGGAUGACAUGAAGAUAUGGAGUGUAAUUCGGGGUCCUGCCGACGAAGACAGACUGCAGAUGAACCUGAAUCGGUUGGAGGUGUGGUCAAACCGUUGGCUCCUGCGGUUCAACGUUGCCAAAUGUAACAUACUUCGCCUAGGUAACACAGCCAGAUCCGCCAGCACAAGAGGCUACUUUCUGGGCGAUGCAGCCCUACAAGAGGCCGAAGUCCAAAGGGACCUCGUUACCUAA